AUGUCUAUGCACUUUACAUUUCGCGAGGAAAACUAUGUAAUUAUCGAAAACGGAUCUUGGCGGCUGAAAGCUCGAAUAGGUGUUAGAGAACGCGAUACUAAUACGCCCGAGGCCCCCACAGUAGUAAGUACUAUUAAGCCGUCGUCUCUUCUUAUCUUUCCCGUGUGCGUUUCCCUUCCCGAGCCUCGCUUUUCGAAAAGACGCGGCUUCAAUACUGCCCUGCUGUUAUUGUUCUAUCUCCCGUGCGAAGUCGGUCAGAAAGUGACGCAGAACGACGAGAAAAAGGAAAUAGUAGAGGGUGCUGUUGAUACGCAACAGCCCGAACAAACAUCGCCUCGUGAAGAUACUGCGCUUGCUACUCCGGAACCAGCGUCUGAGAAGAAAUAUGCAAAAGAACAGAAAUACUAUUGUGGCAGUCAGUUGAAAGAAAUGAAAGACUGUCUAGUGAUUUCUCGUCCUAUCGAAAGAGGAAGUGUAAAGAAUUGGGAGGAAUUAGAAGCGCUUUGGAGGCAGAUACUGCUGAAAGAAUUUAGCAUAAAGAGAGCUAGAAAUGAAUGUCCGGUGAUUACCUUGGUACCGAGCUAUUGGACAAAAGAGCAACAUGAACGAAUUGCACAGAUUUUCUUCGAGAGCUUUAAUAUUCCCGGACUAUAUAUCGCUGAUCAGGCUUUGAUGUCUUUAUAUGGCUGUAAUUCAAUGAAUGGUCUGGUGAUUGAUAUCGGACACGGCACAACAGAUAUCACGCCAAUAAUCGAUAGCGCCGUCCAAUAUAAUGCAAUUCAGACUUUAUUGUUAGGCGGACAGGAUCUGGAUGAGUAUUUGUGUACGUUGUUGAGUUCAGACCCGCAGUUUCUACAAGAAUAUGGCGAGCCUAUAAACGUUGAUUUCGCUAGAGAGAUCAAGGAAAUGGAUAUAUGUGAGCUAAUCGAUGAAGAUGAUGACUUGGAUGAGAGACCAGAAAGGGUUGAAGUCGAGUAUAACGAAAAAAAGUUUUCUGUUGGUCCGGUACGAUUCCAUGUGGCGGAUCCUUUGUUUAAUCCGUCUCUAGUUGGAAAACGGGAAAUUAUGUCGUUACCCGAUGCCAUACAUCUCGCAAUUACUAGUUGUGAAGCAGAUAGGAAACAACUUCUUUUUGAGAACAUUGUACUUACAGGAGGAAUCAGUUUAAUAAAAGAAAAUACUGGAGAAUUUCAGACAAGAGAAAGUAAAUUUCUUAAGAUUCCUGAAUUCUUUGCAGCUUAUAAAGAUAGACCAGACCUCGCAGGGUUUCUAGGUGCAGCUAUUGUAGCAAAGCUUGUUUUCCCCGAACCCAAAAAUUUUAUUACAAAAAUAGACUACAACGAGAAUGGGCCGUCAGUCGUUCAUGUUAAAAGUUAUUAA